AGUUACCCCUAUGCGCCUAGAGACCAAAGAAAUAUUUCUACAUUGUUUACCCGCGAUUGUGUGAAAGUGUGAAAAGAAAAGUGAGAAUUCCGCUUAAAUAAGUCUUUCUGGAAGAAUUUAUUAGUGACUUGUGUGCCUUUUUUCCGCUUAAUUAACACACAUACAUAGAAGCUGCAGAGUGAAGAGGCCAGAAAUUUUGUGCCAUAUUGCCUACGAAGACCCGUGUGCUCCCAUGUGAAGCACACAAGAACAGCAGGAGCUCCACUUUGGCCAUACACACGUGUGCUGCUCAUCGCUACAACUCCCAGAAGAUAUUAUUGGACGUAGAAUGUGAGUUUUGAGAAUCACUUUUCUAUAUAGCACUAUAUAGCUACAAGAAGCGACCUAUUGAAGAGAAGAGUCCCAGUGUGAGAGAGAUGGACUCUUCUAAUAAAAAUAAUUAAAUGAGCUCUCAUAAACACUUCUGCACGUCGAAUGUGGUGGCUUUUGAAAUUGAGAGCAAGUUUCGUGAAUUACCGACGUUUGGGUACAUUACACGUCGCCUCAUUGCGCGCUGUGAGAUGUUCCUUUAUUCCUUUCUUUUUCUUUUGAAUUUUCCACUCAGAAAUUCUUUUUUCUCCGCACCCAGUGGGUGAUUAAUAUGUUCCCCCUUGACUUUCGCCACUGCUAUCACUUAAGCAUUCCGCGAAUGUAGAGUGGAUUUGGUGGCACCACAGCAAGUGUUGGUGUUUCUUUUUCAACGUUACAAAAGUCCGCAAGUACUGGACUCUCAUAGUGCUCGUUAUCACUAAAACCUCGACAAUGUGUGAGUGUUAAGCUCGAUUUGAUGUGACUGAUAAAAAGUCCCAAGACUGAACGGAAGGGGCAUUUUUAUAUUCCUCAUGUGCCACAUAGUGCCUGUAUGUGGCACACUUAGCUCUCAUGUCGCCAUCUCUUCAACUCGGGACACCAAUCCAGCUACGGCGUAGAUGGGCAACCUAGAAAAACCCAAGACCGGGAGAGAGGCACUGCUCUGCUUCGUUUUUCUCCUCCCAGCGCGCUUGUUUGUUCUCUGUUUAAUCUUUUCUUGCACAACGGACGAACUGUGACUCUUUUGUAUUUUAUGAGUGUUCGUGCCCUGGAUGAUGUGAUGAAGAGAUUAGGCACUAAAAUGGACUAGAAGAUUCAACAGAAAUUUUAUAAAAAAAAAUCUUUCUACAUAAUUUCCGGUCAUACCCAGAAGAAAAUUUAACACGUACAUCUUAUACAUCGAAUUCUAAUAGGGUUCGCUAUGAUGGUACAGAGGAAAGACAAUAUGUACUCAUAAAUUAACCAAGAGAAAAAAAGAAUCAACAUAAACCACACUACACAUAUAGUAUUUGAGAUUCACGUGGUAGUUAUUCAUAUAUUUAAAAUUACAAUAUUUUUGUAAAAAAAAUAAGGUCAUAAUGUAGGUAUCGAAUCUAUAUCUAUACUAUUUUCGAUAUCCAAUAUAUCUAUCCUUCAGGUAGUUAAGGAAAGAAUAUCUUGUAUUUUUUUUAAGUAGAGUGAACGUAUAAGGGAUCAUUUAAUCCUCAAUAGCAACUAUUUAGCUAACAGUAGCAGUGAAAUGAUGUCCAUGGUAGUGCGUAUAUCGCAAUAUCUGUGACUUGUUGAUAAUGAAUCUCCACUGUAAAGCAAUAAUAUAGCAAUGAAGACCACCGCACACUUAAGUAACCUUGGACUGAAAACCGCAGCCGACAAAUACAAUGCGAUUACAUCCGUUGCAAACGUUUAUACAGAAAAUUUUAUUUGAGAUUCAAGCUGGUGCAGUACCAUGCUCCUCUUUUGUAUGCAAGAGCCAAAAAUUCAUUUGUGGACAUAAUACUCUCUUCGAUAUCGACUGCCUUCGCGGCUCCCUCGUGCAGACGGGACAAAGUCCGCCAUGGCAAAGAUGGGAAAAUUGCGCCUCUGCUGUAGGAUGAUGUAAUACUCAUUUCCAAUGAGACCUCUCUCAGGCGAUUUAUUCUUGAGAAAGAAUGUGCCAUAUAAUCCUCUACAAGAGACCCAUUUCUAAGAAACGUCACUUGCUCUUUGUAGCUGUGGCCGUAAUGCCAUUUAUAUAAAAUUGAUCAAUUUACAGGACUUCAGAUCUUUUAGGCAGAGACAGAAUUAUAAAGGUUUACCAGAUUCUCCUCUCUAUGUGCCUGUGAUGUGUGCUGUGGUGUUGUGCAUGUUUGUGUUUGGCAAUUAAUGUUAGUUGGCGGAGAAGCAGCAAUAUAAUCGCGGAGUGUGUUGCGAUGAGUCGCUGCUUCACAAUUCUCGGUCGAGGCUCGCACACCAUUGGGCAUUGGGCAGGAGUUCAUAACAGAGAGUUGGAAGACGCUGAAAUGCUGAAUAAGCACUAAGAGAGGUGCACACGGCGCACACAAUUAUUCAACUGAUCGACGAUUGUUGCCAUAACUGACGUCUUUGCUAGGUGACCAUGAAUUAAUGUUGUAAAAACAUCACACCGAAGGCUAUGGGUGCUCUGCAAGAAAUUUUAACACAAUUAUGUCUGCUUCGCCAUCGUUGACAUUUGACCACCGGAGAUCGCGAGGACCAUCACAGACGAGGUUAAGUCAAGACCUUUCCAAUGAUAGUCUAACUGAAAUCAAAGAUGUAGGUACAGAACCAAAGAAAAACAUCGCAAUGUAAAAAACUGUUCCCGAAAAAUUAUCAUAGACAUUUAUUGCAAAAAUUUACUGAAAAUUAAGUACAGUGGAGACCUUAUAACAUAUACACUUCUCUAGCCUAUUACAAAUAAUAAGUGUAAAGUUGAUCGUGGCUAUAUGGAUCCGGAAGGAAUCCAACAGCCGUACAAUUUAAAGUGCAGAAGAAGAAGAAAGUUGAUCGUGCAUUAAUGUAAAAAUCACACCUACUAUAUAAUUUUAUUAUGCUACAUAGCGAUAAGCCAAACUUAAGGAUCUCUAAUUAAUAGAGCACUAAUUUUGUAAGAACACUACGAACACUAUAAUAAAAACUAUUGAUUACCUUUUCCCCAUAUUUUGCAUACUCAGUAAUUAUUUAUACUCAGAAUUUGGGUACUCAUAAUUUUUCCCAUCCUCAUUAUAUAUCUUUUACAAUCAGAGUUAAGCUCUUAUGGAUUUUAAACUGAUAUAGAAGAAAUGCCCUAUGAGCAAUUUUCACCCGUAUAUUCCCUUCAUAGCAUACGGUGCAAUCUAAUGUUCGUUUCUCUCGCAACUCUUCUUCAUGGGCGUAUGUAAUGCCAGUGCGAGAGCAAUGAGUGGCAUCGAAAUCGAAAUUAUGUCUCAUUGAGAGAGAAAAUAUAGAUGAUACACCAGAAGAACACACAGCAACACAAUGUGUUGGGUAAAAGAGUGGAGAACAAGUUUUGAACGAAAGCGAAAUGCCAGUGGCCUAGUUUACAUCAUGCGCAGAGCGCGAAGUCGCGCGAAGAUAAUACUUUUCUGCUGUUGGGUCCGGGAUGUUCUCUGUGAGCCGUGUGUGGAGGCCAUACCAUUUAAAUCACUUUGGACGAGCGGGAAAACAGGCCGCCCGCCGGACACCCCGUGGCAGCCUCGAUGAAAUGGGAAUUACACACAAUACCGCGCAUCAGCUAGUGUCGAUAGCGGAAUUAUAUGAAAAGCAAGGAAAAUGGAUGCCCCAUCUAUGGUGCAGCGCUCAGGGGAUACUCUAAUUGUACGGAGUGUCGUCAGUGGGGAUCAAUUGUUCCUGGAAAAUGGUCUUGGUAACCCGCAUACCCAAAGAGAGCUACCACUCCCCUUAAAUUACACAGACGACUAUCUUGGUGAGGCCAUCGACGAAGAGAGUAUUGAAGAGGACGGCGACGAACCACCUACAGACCUUGGCCAGGGCAUCAAGGACGAAGAGCUACCACAGUGCAAAAUUAAGAGAAACUAUUCGUGCAACAGCUGCACCUACUUUACACAGAAUCCACGACUAUAUCUCACUCAUCUCCGGGAUAAGCACGGCGAAAAGAUCGUAAUAAACGAGUGUAAGCACUGCUUGUACGCAUCCAGGCACUACCAGAAGCUUGUCAGACACAUGAAGAUGGUGCACGGAUCGACGGAAGGCCUAGAGGAGCAUCAUCAAUCCCGCAAACGUGCACAUCAGAUAAUAAGGGAGAUCAAGAAGCGUCGUACAACAUCUGAUGAUGCCAUUCCACCCACCGAGUCUGAGGAAUCAGCCACCUUCGGGACCAACACUAUAACCCACAGUGUGGGUGAGCUCAAUAAACUCCUCAAGUGCAGCGUUUGCGAUUUUACCACACUCAGUCGAAGUCAGUUGACUGAUCACGAAAGAAAUGAUCACAUUAAGACGAAGUUCUUCAGGUGCAGCAAAUGCAGCUACGUGACCCAUAUCAAGGCCCGCUUCAGCAAGCACGUGAAGUAUCAUUCUAUGCCGAUGAUAAAGUGCGUCAUGUGCGACUUCCGGACACCCUACAAGUGGAAUCUUGACAGACAUAUGAAGAAUCACGGCGGAACAGGACCUUUCAAGUGUGCAGCAUGUAACUUUACAGCCGACAUCAAGCAGAGUCUCACUGUGCACGAGAUGAAUCACCACGUGCCGCCGGUUGGACAUGCUUCGGGGAUGAGUAUGCAUCGACGAAAGAAUAAAGUUGGAGGCACUGAUAUCCCAGAUGAUCCAACGGAUGAGCUAAUGUACCGCGAGAAUGCUGACUCAGAAAUGAAUUUCGAAGAAUCAUUUCCGUUGGUAGCAAAUAACAAUAAUAGGGAUGUAAAACCUUACAGUACGGACGUUGUUACUGACUCUGGCUUUCUCUCGUCAUCUCUGUCGGACCACACAGUAUCCCCGCCGUCAAGUGCAAAGAAAGCACCGCGACCAAUUCCCAAUUUAAUUCCCAUCCAAAAUGCAUCAACCGCCCUCAAUUUGAGCAUAAGUCGAAAAUCCGAUGGUACAUCGCAGUCAGGUAGCGAUGCAUGUGCUAAUUCAUCCACGAGUGCAUUGAAGGAUUUUGCGUCGCUCUUUGCGGGUGGAAAAGAGAUGUUUACGGAAAGUUGUUUAAUGAAAAGCGAUGCACCUCCGCAAAUGUCCCCGUCAUCGUCCAACUCCUUUAAGAAGAAGCACGCGAGUUUCUUCGAUAAGUUACGCGAAAAGUGCGUCACAAACUCUGGUGUUGGAACAAACAUGACGUGCUCCUGUGGGCAUGUUUCAAAGUGCCUCUCUGAAGCACUUAUUCAUCAAGACACGUGCAAGAAGCAGCAUGAACAUAGUCGCAAAAGCACCUCACCCAUUAAUCUUUGCAUGAAUGUUGGAUCAACUAGAUGCCAGAUUUGUCGUCAUCGGUGCAAAUCUAGUGCUGAUCUGAUUGCCCACAUGCAAACUUGCAUUGAGCAGAAGAGCACUGGUGGGGACUUUUUGGAGGAUUCAGUUUCAGAAAUGGACAAUUCUGAUAAAGGGGAAGGACAGGACGAGGAUAUGGCUGACGAUGUGUCGAGUGAUAACCAGAAGGAACCCCAUCCAAUGGAGAAUGUUGUAUUUGUAUGGAAUAAAAUUCCCGAACAACCAGAUCAGUUCCUACAGCCCAAACAACAACAUCCAUCCCAAACAUCAACGGGUAGCUCUGAAAAUGAACCUAUACCACGCGAUGAUCCCAACACCUAUUGUGGAGUUGAAACAGCUCCAGGAUAUGGCGAAGUUACUAAAAAGAUGCAAAAAAUGGAGGAGCACACAUCUCAAAAUUCAUGCCUAAAGAAGGUAUUCAAAUGCCCUCAUUGCUCCUUCUGGGCUUCAACGGCUUCCCGAUUCCACGUUCAUAUUGUUGGGCAUCUCAAUAAGAAACCUUUUGAAUGUUCCCUGUGCUCAUAUCGUUCGAACUGGCGUUGGGAUAUCACAAAGCAUAUUCGACUAAAGACAAUUCGUGAUCCUUCACAUAAGACAGCUCGUGUACUCAUGAAUGAUGAGACAGGACGUAGGAACUAUACGAAGUACAAUAGAUAUAUAACCCUGAUGAAAGUUACAGACGAAGAUGGAAAUCUAAAGCUUAUGAAAUCCGGUGAGAUGACUCCCAAUCAGGAGGCAGCACUACAAUCUCCCAAUCUAAGUGCCACCGAAAAGACAAGCACAGAUUUUAUGAUGUUGAAGAAAAUCAAUCAGAGUGAGAACAUUCAGGUAGCUCCAGUAUUGCAGGAUGCACCUCCUUUCGUCACAAUUGCUUUCAAGAAUCUGGAGAAGAACAAUCUCCUCUCAAUUCAAGAUCUCCCAUUCAUGAUGACCACAGCUGGUGUCACGGGAGAAGGUACAACAACAGAAUCUUUUGGAGCACAUACAGCAAAGGCAGCUAAUCAGGAUACUGACUCCAAAAAAACUUUAUUCAAGUGCAAGAAGUGCCAAUUCAAGCAUGCCAAUCGUGAAACCGUGCUGGCCCACGUGAAAAGACACUACGAAGAAGCAGGCGUGUUGCUGGAUAAUGGUGCCUCAAGUGGGGACAAUAAGUCAAGUUUAGGACUCUCGGAUGACUUAAAACAAUUGAUGACCGGGCAGAAGUGCGAACCCCUCGUGGCGCCGCACAUGCCAACAGCAGCAAUGGUGCUGAUUCCCAGCAAUAACAAUAAUAAUAAUAAUAAUGAGAACGGUGAGCUGGAUGAGGCAAGUUCUGGGGGUACUACGGUGAUGCCUGGCUGGCGAGGUGCAACAGCAACCUAUCGCUGUGGCCAUUGUCACCAGGUUUCAAAUUGGAAGCAUGUCAUCCAGCGUCACUGUCGAUUAAAGCACAAUGGGGAUAUACAAAUUGAAUUGAUGGAACCAAAUGGGAAGGUAGCACUGCGGAAGAUCACAAGUAGCACUCAAGUACCUGCACCGAUACAAGAUAGUCAAAUGACGGAGAAGGAGAAAGCCCACCAGAGAGAUGGAGAAAGCUCAGUGGAGGAACCCAAUAUUCUCAAGUGCCACACAUACCCAAGUAGUGUACAUUCUAAAGAUAGUGGGGAAAUUUAUCAGGUUCACAUGGUGAAACCCACUGAAGAAUCUACAUCUUCCAAGGCUAACGAAGCGAAUGAAAUUGCAGCAGUUCAAGUUCAAACCAUAAAACCAGAUCCGGAUGAAGAGCCCAAAAAGAUUGUUCCUCAGUCAAUUGCCAAGGAAGCACAAGUUGUUGUCAAGAGCAAGAGAUACAACUGUACAGCUUGUCCUUAUGUCACAGAUAGUAAAUCCCAGUUUGUAUACCACAAAUCUUUCCACAAGCCACGCGGGGAACAAUUUAAGUGUACCUACUGCACAUACAACGUGACCAAAAAGCAUCUAUUGAACCAACAUAUAAAGCUACAUCGCAACGAGGAGGUUUCAGCUGAUAAUGCCAAUGAUGUUCGUGCUACGGUUCAAUAUGAUAAUCCACAGACAUUUGAGAAUGUUGAAGCUAAAGCAAAGAUCACUCUUCCAACUGGAAAUGUUGAAAUAAUGGAUGAUCGACGAUUUUUGCAUUUCUGUGACAAAUGCCCAAUGAGAUUUCUUUGCGAUAAAGAAUUGAGGAAUCAUGUGAAAAUGCAUGCAGCUGGAAUGGCAAUCCGAUGUGCAUUUUGUUCCUUUUCUGCACGCCAGGAAGCUCUCCUGCAAGCUCAUGUGUUGGUUCACAAUGAUCAGUAUCAAGUGGAAACGAAAGAUCUCGAAGAAAAGUACAGAAUAUCCAGUGAGAAUGGCAAGCCAAUUUUGACUUCAAAAACCUUAAAUUCGAAUACUGUGUGGGUCGUGGAGAGUGCACAGGUAGCAAAGAGUAACCAGAAUAGCACUGAGGAGGAUCAUGAAGCACAAAAGGAGCAAAAGAUUACGCGUAAUUGCCCAAAUUGUCCGUUUGUGGUGAUCCUUACGGCAGGGAAUGAGGGGAAUGGUGAGAAGCAACUUGAGGAUCACAUUCAACAUCAUCUUGGAACAUCAAGUAGUGGAAAAUAUCGAGUUUUUUGCAAUUUCUGUGACUUUGCCACUAAUACGGAAAAAGCCCUAAAGGAACAUACCAAGUGGCACUUUGCUGGGUCCAAGAAGAAGACUCACAAUGUUGAAUUUUUCACAAAAUUCGACAAUGUUCAUAUUUAUGGUGAAACUAGUGAGAAGGAAGGCAGCAAAGCUGAAGACGAUAAGAGUGGUACUAUCAGCAUUGAUAAUUCUAAGGUGAUCUUUGCUGAAGCAAAAAAUUCACUGGAAAAUUCACGAAUACCUCUGGCGGAGGAGAAUAAGAUUUUCAUAAACUUAAAAACUGGUGAAAUUGUCAAGAAACAUGCUAGUAGAUUCUAAAGAAGAAGAAAAAUCCUUUUAGCUAAUUAUCAAUUGCAAAAAUUCUAGUUAAAUAAUUAUUUUAUUUUUUUUUCUUACCACACAUUACAUAAUAUCGCAAGAUUUUGUGAUGUAAAACUUUUUAAUUUAUCGUUGCAAUAUUUUUUUGUUCUAAUAAUGUAAAUUUUUGAAUUUCCAUUGAGUUUAUUCUAUUCAUUCUUGUGUUUAAGGAACAUUUACAACACACAACACAAAUAGGCCAUUACCAAUCAUUUAUAAAAUAGGAUAUGUAUACAUAUUUUGAAGAAAUAUUUUUUAUUGGCAUAGGGAAGGAGGCAUUAUAAAUGGAAAUAACUAUGAUAGUUUAGAUUUUUAAACAUUGUAACACUUCACCAAAUCACACUUGAAGUCAUUUUAUUGUUAAAUAUUCAAUAAAUUAGUAAUAUUCUUUGUGUCAUUGAAAUAAUGAAAAUACCAUUUUAUUAUUUAAUUGAAAAAAAAUAUCAUUAUUUAUAGAAGGAUUAUAUAAUAUAUACAAAUUAAAAUUUAAAUAUAUAUAUUUUUUGUUUUCCAUAUAUUAAUUCAAUUAAUAUCUCCUACCAUAGAAUACUUAAAAAAAACUUUUAUAUAAGUGAUUAAUAGUAAAUUAGCAAAAGAAAAGCAAGGAAAGUGGAUAUUAGUGAACGUCGUGAUUUAGUAAAUGCUUUAACAUUUAGGUGAAUAUUAUAUGUACCAGGAAAAAAAACAAAUUCAUCGAGAAUUCACAGAUACUAAAAAAAAACACGUAUGGAACCAACUAAAUAAUGGAAAUAGAAUUUAGCAAAAAUAAAAUCAAUUAUAUUGAGUGGAUUUUGAGAACUAAAUUUAGAGAAAAAAAUAAUGGAUGAAAUGUAGAAUUAGUGAACACAAAAUAAGAUAAAUUUUUACCAAAGCAUUUUUGCCAAAUGAAUCCUAAUGUAAGUGAAAUAUUUAAUAUAGUUAUACUAUAGAAUUAUGCAGGAUAUGUAUAUUUCAAAUUAUAAGCGGAUGUUUGGUAAAUAAACUCGCAUCAUAUA